AUGUGGCGUCUCUGCGGAAUCGUACUGCUCUUCAUAGCCUUGGUUUCUGGCCUGGCCAGCGAGGACGAGGAUAACGGCAAGGCGGUGCCAGAUGACGAUGAUCCCAUUGGCAACAACAAAGAGCUCUCGGACCUGGUCAUCACCACCGCCUUGGGCAAGAUCCGUGGCACCAUCCUGCCUUCCCAAUCGGGACGCAAUUUCUAUGCCUUCCGCGGAAUACCCUACGCCAAGCCACCGGUGGAUAGACUUCGAUUCCAGCCCCCAGAACCUGUGGAGCAAUGGUUUGAUGUCCUGGAUGCCACCUUCGAUGGACCCAAGUGUCCGCAGCUGGGUCUCUUCAGCGGUGAUGUGAACGAGGAUUGCUUAAGGGUCAAUAUCUACACCAAGGAGCUGCCCAGCGAGUCGCAGCCGAAUGUGAGGCGUCCAGUGAUUGUGUUCAUCCAUCCGGGGGGCUUCUACUCCCUGUCCGGUCAGAGCAAGAACUUUGCCGGUCCGCAGUACUUCAUGGAUCGCCGCCUGGUAUUGGUCACCUUUAAUUAUCGACUGGGUUCACUGGGUUUCCUGGCCACGGGUACCAAGGAGGCACCCGGCAAUAUGGGUCUAAAGGAUCAGGUGCAACUCCUUCGCUGGGUCAAGCUGCAUAUUUCUCGCUUUGGCGGAGAUCCCAGUUCCAUCACGUUACUGGGCUAUGGAGCCGGAGCCAUGGCAGUAACUCUUCACAUGGUUUCGCCCAUGUCGAGGGGUCUCUUCCACCGCGCCAUCGUGAUGAGUGGAGCUAUGACGGGUCAGUGGUCGCUUCCUGAGCACCAGAUGGACGUGGCCACCAAGCAGGCCACAUUGCUGCACUGUCACACGGAGAACAUCACCGAUAUGAUGGACUGCCUGCGAGGGAAACACUACCUGGAAUAUGCCAAUACAUUGCCCAAAAUGUUCGAGUUCGACAGGAACAAUCCCCUGAUCCUGUGGAAGCCUGUCAUAGAGCCGGACUUUGGUCAGGAACGCUUUCUGGUGGAUGAUCCAAUAAAGAGCUAUCAAAACGAUGACUUUAUGAAGGUGCCCAUCAUCACCGGCAUGACCAAGGAUGAGUUUGUGGGACCAGCACUAACCAUCCUGCAAAGUCCUUCCUUGCUGAGUGCCCUCAAUGAGAACUUUGAGUCCCUGGCUCCCGUCUUCUUCAUGUACAAUGGCAGCGAUCCUCGAGCAGCAAAUAUUAGCCAGGAGCUAAGGCAUCACUACUUCCAGGAGCAGCCCAUCGAUGCGAAUCGUUCUUUGGAUGCAUUGUCCAAUUUGUACUCGGAUGCCUUGACUGGUUUCGGCAUCCAUCGAUUUGUUCACUUGGCUGCCAGGUCCACAAAGGUCUACUACUAUCGUUUCUCGUAUCAGGGUGCCAGGAGUCACAUCUAUUAUCCGGAAGAUGCUCCCUAUGGCGUGGUGCAUCAUGAUGAUCUAAUGUAUCUAUUUGUGGAACCCUCGAUCAGUCGCAUGUUCACCGAGGAGGAUGACGAGUUCCGUAUGGUGGAUAUCAUGGUCAGGAUGUUCUCCGCCUUUGCUUAUAAGGGCGAUCCGAAUAAACCCACUGACCUGGCCUUGAGGGACAUUCGCUGGCGUCCUUUUAGUUUCAAGAAACGUUACUAUCUGGACAUAGGCAAGCACCUUACUCUCCAGGAGAAUCUCAAUGCCGAACGCUACGAGAUCUGGAAGCGGCUCUUUCCCCUAAACUGGCGGCGCCAAACCAAGGAGGCUUGA